CAGUUCGCGCUAUCUAUCAUCUUUCCAUUGGGCACGACGGACAUUAAUAUACCCACACAACCUACUCUCCUUUUCACUCUCAUAAUUCGCAGCAAUGCUAGCAUCAACGGCGCUGAAUCUCGGCUCGUUCGCCGCCGGGGCCGUCAACAAUUUUCCGGCGCACAAUUCUCACAGGCUUUCUUCUCCACUUCACGGCUUCCAAUCCUUGCCAUUGUCGGUUCCUCCACACGCUGUGCUGAAGCAAAGCAGCCUCGGCUGGAAGUCAAGACCUUGCGUGAGAACCGCCGUAGCUGCUGUUGACUCCUCUGAUCCCGCAGAAAAGGACAAGCAAGAAUCAGAGAGGAAGAAGUAUUAUUUUGUUGUUGCAAACGCAAAAUUCAUGCUGGAUGAGGAGGAGCAUUUCCAGGAGCAAUUGUUUGAGCGUCUCCGGCUCUUUGGAGAACGCGACAAAGAGCAGGAUUUCUGGCUUGUGAUUGAGCCCAAGUUCUUGGAUAAAUUUCCCAACAUUACAAAGAAAUUGAAGAGACCUGCAGUGGCUCUUGUUUCUACCAAUGGCCCCUGGAUCACGUUCAUGAAACUAAGAUUAGACAGAGUUUUACAAGAUUGUUUUGAGGCUGAUAGUCUAGAAGAAGCUUUGGCUUCUAACCCUGCUAAGCUUGAGUUUGAGAAACCGGCGAACUGGACAGCACCAUACCCGAAGUAUAAUUUUGGAUGGUGGGAGCCAUUCUUGCCACCGGGAUCUCAAGCACAAAAGGUAUGAGUAGUAGUAGAUGUGUUCCACAUUUUUGUAUUUUCCAGUAUGUUGGCAUGAAAUUGUGAAUUGGGAGCAAAUGUCUGUUAGUUAAGGGAUUUGGCAUAAUAUCAGAACCUAGAAUAUAUGAAGAGAUGAAUGUGGAAAGACAGCAAUAGGCUGUAGGUGGAAGUUGUAUCUGGCUUAUCUAUCUUCUGUGUCUUUUGUAUAAUAAUCAGUUUUUAGUAGUUUCAACUUCUAA